AUGUACUCGUCGCGCCUUAUCCACCUCCUGCUGGUGGCCCUGUCGGUCUUCAGCGCCGCCGAGGCUACCUGGCUCAAGUUCGGCUUCAUCGGCAAGGCCACCAACGAGGUCGGCAACGCCGUCAUCGCCAGACAGGACUCGUCGGGCUCCUCGUCGUCAGCACCCCAGACCACCACCAGGCGCACCACUACUACCGCUCCCACCACUACCUCCGAGGCGGACCCUACCACUACCGACCCUACGACUACAAGUGUGCCGACCACCAAGCCGACCACCACCGUGCCCACGACUUCUCAGGGCACGACCACUGCUCCAACUACCACACAGGGCCCGGCCACGACGAGCAGCGGAAAUGGACCCACCACUGAUGCGCCCACAACCACGUCGGACGGCUCAGCCUCUGCCACUGACGCCACUACAUCCGCUGCCUCGCCUUUCACAACCACCUUUGUUUCCACCGUAACCGCCUCUGACGGCCAGGUGUCCACCAUCUCUAGUUCGGCCGUUGUCACCCCCACCGGCUCGCUGGCCCAGACGGGAGACUCGAACGCCAACGCCGCCAUGUCGAACCAGACUCGCAACACCAUCAUCGGUGUCUGCGUUGGUGUCGGUGGAGCCAUCAUCUUGGCUGUCGCCGGUGUCCUGUUCUGGCGCCUGCGCCGCAGAAGAUCGCAGGAUGGCGAGGACUUGGUCAACUACGGCGCCGGUACUUCGCAGUUCAACAGUGGCCCGGAGAAGAGCGAGGCCAGCGGUAGUAUGUCUGGCCGCAGCCCGUUCCAGAGCACCCUGGAGUCGUAUCACGCCCCGACCCAGAGCAACACUGGUACCAACUUCUAA